AUGCCACGUCGUCCGCCGUUGCUCCGUCUGGCGCCUGUGCCAGAGGACGAGGAGGACGACGAGGUGUUUCUGGAGACUGGAAUUGAUAAUGAUAAGCAGAGAUUUCUGCCUAGACGAGUUCAAAAGGAUAGGAAAUUUCAUUCUGGAGACGAUGUAGACAGUGAAGACGACGAUGUGGAGGAGCAAGAGAAUAAGGUAAAUAUUUAG